AUGUCAGCCAGCCUUUUCCCAGUCCACCAGCGCCCGGGGCUGCUGGAUGAGCUGCACGGCAGAGCCCCUCCAGUGCCCUGCCCGGAGGGGCUGCUGGGCACCUCGGUGCUGGAUUUCGUGGCCGACCUUUCCCUGGGCAGCCCCCAGGGAGCCCCCGGGGCCGGGGCGGGCCUGAGGCUCUGCGAGGUCACCGCCGGGCCUCCCUUCGGGGACAGAGUCCUGUCGUUUCGGGAAGGGAUGGCCCGGGGUUUGCCCCUGGCUGCCUUCGGAAAUGGAGAUCCCGAAGAAGAAGAAGAAGAGGAAAGGAUGCGCAGCGCUUCCCUCCUGGACAGACCCAGGAGAAAACGGAUCAUCACCUACGCCCAGCGCCAGGCUGCCAACAUACGGGAGAGGAGGAGGAUGUUCAACCUCAACGAGGCAUUUGAUCAGCUCAGGAAGAAGGUUCCCACCUUCGCCUACGAGAAGAGGCUCUCUAGGAUAGAGACCUUGCGCCUGGCCAUAGUGUACAUCUCCUUCAUGACUGAGCUCCUGGACAGAUGCAGCAGACAGGAGGCGAGCUAG